AUGCAUACGAACGCCACAAAAUCGGCUCAAAAUGUUCUGCUACUAUUUGGACCUCAAAUCCCACGGCUUGUUUCGGGUCGUCUCAAGGAUCUUCGCGGGACAAUCCUUGGGGAUCUAAGACUCGGGUUUCUCAUCCGAAUUGUGCGUGAACUACCUGCGUUAUGGGCUGCCACAAUUCGCCCUGGCUGUCCCGACUUUGCGUCACUCACUAGAGCCGAGAAUCAGCUGCAAGAACUCGUGGCGUUUUUUGAGGGCGAGACCGAGGAGAUGUCCGGGUUGACACCACCUUACAAUAUACUUCUUGCCCCCUUGACGGUUAUUACUCACAUUGCCGAAUAUGUACACUUCAACUAUCAGGGUUCGGCUCAGGGGUUCUGCAUUGGAUUCCUUGCGGCUGCUGCCGUGGCAUGUGCGCGGAAUGGGCCCGAGCUCGAGAAAUGGGCAAGUACUGCUAUUCGGUUGGCUGUCUGCAUUGGAGCUACUAUCGACUUAGACGAGCAAGAACGAUCAAAUGGAGGGGAUAGUAAUUUAUCCUCUUGUAACUCUACUUGGUCGAUUCGCUGGGUGUCGAAUGCGGAAAAGGAGCGUUUCGAAAAGGUGUUGAGUUUUUUCCCCGAGGCAUACGUGUCGUGCGUGACAGAUGUGGAUAGAAUAACGCUCACAAUACCAGAUGGUGACUUUGCGAACUUCUCCAAGAAAUUGGCAGAAGGGGGACUGUCUGUUCAGCCAGUUGGGAUAUUUGGACAGUAUCAUAGGACUACACCGGAUAGAGAAACAACGGUGGAACAGCUGAAGUCACUGUGUCACCAUAAUAAGGACUUUCAGUUUCUGAUAUCUGAGCAAUUGACCUUGCCGCUAAGGUCAACCUCAAAUACCGAAAUUAUCACGCAAGGGCUGAUCCAUGAUAUUGCUUUAGAGAGUACUUUACUGGAUCUUUGCAGGUGGCAUGGGACAGUUCAAGCAGAAUUGAACACAUGGGAUGAUCGACCGGUAAAUGUAAUUGCUGUUGGCAAUACUCCAGGGACCAUCCCGCAAUCCCUCAGAGGAUUAGUUGUUGAGGCUGAUGAAUGCUUGGCUGUGAACGACCAGGCCCCGUCGCUGUUGAACGCAACCCCACCUUAUACUGGUAUGAACAGCAACUGGACAACAGGGCAGGUAACACCACAUAGUACUAUCCCCCCCGGAGUGGUGGGGACAACCCAGCCAGUAGCUGUGAUUGGAAUGGCAUGUCGAUACGCCCAAUCGGAUUCCUUGGAACAGUUUUGGUCUUUUAUCAACUCUGGCAAAAAUGCAACUACCCCUGUGCCUGGAAAUCGAUUUAAAUCUGAAGAAUUGUGGCGUACACCAAAGGGACCCUUCUGGGGCAAUUUUCUGCAAGAUGUUGACGCCUUUGACCACAGAUUCUUCGGUAUGUCUGCCCGCGAGGCGGCAUCCAUGGACCCGCAACAGAGAGUCUUGCUCCAGGUGGCAUAUGAGGCUAUGGAAUCGGCCGGAUACGCGGAUGGUGUUGAGUUGCCGAACCGUCCGGUGGGCUGUUAUGUAGGUGCGGGCUAUGUCGAGUAUGAGGAUAAUGUCGCAUCAGAUAACGCAACCGCCUUCUCCGCAACUGGAACCAUACGAGCCUUCAUCAGCGGUAAAAUCAGCCACUACUUCGGUUGGACGGGCCCCUCGGUUGUGUUUGAUACAGCGUGCUCUUCCUCGGCCGUUGCCAUCCACCAUGCUUGCAAGGCCCUUCAGGUCAACGAUUGCUCGGUCGCCAUCGCAGGUGGUGUCAACGUCAUCACAAGUCCUAUUUUCUACCAGAAUCUAGCCGCCGCCUCCUUCCUCAGCACGACCGGAGCGUCGAAAGCGUUCGAUGCUCAAGCAAAUGGAUAUUGCCGUGGUGAGGGUGCCGGCAUACUUGUCCUUAAGCCACUCGCUCAGGCUAUAGCUGAUAAUGACCGUAUCCUUGGUACUAUCGUGGGGUCUGCGGUUAAUCAAAACACAAGUUGUAGCCCGAUUACCGUGCCAGAUUCGCAGUCGCAGAGCGAGUUGUACCUUCGGGCCCUUGCUGGUGGCGGAAUAUCGCCUUCAGAAGUAUCAUAUGUCGAAGCUCACGGGACUGGAACCCCUGUGGGUGAUCCCAUAGAAUGUGCCAGUAUUCGUAAUGCAUUCGGCGACCCCCAUCGUACACAGGAAUUAAUAAUCGGAUCUGUCAAAGACGUCAUAGGUCAUACCGAAGCAGCAUCAGGCGCGGCGGGAGUGAUUAAGGCACUGCUCAUGAUGCAACAUGGGAUAAUCCCCAAGCAGCCCAAUUUUACUCAACUCAACCCGAAGAUUCCCGCAUUAGAACCCGACAAAUUAGCUAUUGCUUCCCAGGUUCGCUCCUGGCACACGACUACGAGGCGGACGGCGUUGAUUAAUAAUUACGGCGCGGCUGGAAGCAAUGCCGCUAUUGUGGUCCGGGAAUAUCGCCCUGGCUUGGCGGCGCAAGAUGCCAUCGAUACGGUAUCGCAUAAUAAUCCAAUAGAGUAUCCAAUCUUCCUAUCCGCCAAAACAGCGGAGAGUCUACGUGCAUAUGGGACUGCAUUGAAGUCAUUCUUGGACCGGAAUCCCUCAAUCGCGCUGGGUGACGUAGCUUACAACUUAGCAUGCAAGCAAAAUCGAAGCUUUGAAUACACAUCGAGUUGGACGACAACAAAUCUCCCCAGCCUGCGCCAAGAGUUGGAAGCUAUAGUGUCUGGAGCGCGCCCCUUGUUGCAGCGAAGUACUAAGAAGAAGACGGAUACGUCCCCGUGGCCAACACCGGUGGUGCUCUGCUUUAGCGGUCAGGCGGGGCGGAGUAUCUGUGUCUCACGGGAACUUGUCCAAAGUUCAACCCUACUGCGAACGCAUCUUGAGAGCUGUGAUGAAGCCGGGCGUGCGCUUGGACUGCCAUCAUUCUUCCCGAGGAUUUUUGACCUGACCCCAGUGGAAGACUUGGCUCUGUUACACGUCAUGUUAUUCUCAUUACAGUAUGCAAGCGCUAGAGCUUGGAUAGACGCGGGGCUGCGGGUGAGCACUCUGGUAGGCCAUAGUUUUGGCCAGCUAACGGCUUUGUGUGUAGCCGGUAGUCUGGAUCUGGCCGAUGGAAUUCGUCUAAUCGCGGGUCGUGCUCAAUUGAUGCAGGAACACUGGGGUGUAGAUCCAGGAGUGAUGUUGGCGGUUGAAGGGGACAAAGACAACCUUGAAAGCCUGCUUAAAACAGUCCAUGAAAUAGGGGCUGUCGAUAUCGCCUGUUUCAAUGGCCCGCGCAACAUCGUCCUUGCAGGUGAAGUGGUGGCUAUGGAUGCCGUUGAACGUAUCUGCCGAGAAUCACCAAAUCUAAAGAUAAUCCGUUUGGCUAAUAGUCACGCGUACCACUCCCGUUUGGCGGAUUCGAUUCUAGACAACCUCCGAGACUUGGCCGGAACCAUCACUUGGCGGAAGCCCUCUAUCCCAGUCGAAACGUGCAGUCCUGGCCAGAGUUGGACUGGUAUUGAUGCGAACAGAAUUGCGGAACAUACACGUCAACCCGUAUAUUUCGGUGAGGCAGUUCAACGAAUUGCUGCCAGAAACCAAUCAUGUGUUUGGUUAGAAGCAGGGUCGGCAUCUCCUAUUAUCAGCAUGGUACGCCGUGCUCUACCAGCCACACGAGGUAGCGAUAAUGAUGUUCUGCUGCCAAUAGAACUGGGCCGUAACAACCCUUGGAGCAGUCUCGCUAAAGCCUCAUCAAGUUUAUGGUCCGCUGGUUCGAACGCGGAUUUCUGGGCGUUUAAUGGAUCGGAAGGCGAUCGGUACCGAUGGUUGGAUCUGCCUCCUUACCAAUUUGCCAAAACAAGGCAUUGGAUACAGUAUCAACCUCAUCGGCCGCAAGCCGCUAUCGAGACUCCAGUCCCUAGCGCAGGCCCACCGGAAUUACUACAGCAGCUCGGGGACGGGGAUGGGGAAUAUUUGUUCGCUGUGGACCCUUCGCAUGAAGUUUUCGAAUUGAGUGUUAAAGGUCAUGCUGUCGUGGGGCAAACAUUAUGUCCGGCCGGCCUGUAUUUUGAAUUAGCCAUUCGAGCGGCCCAAUCCCUCCAAAAUGCUAAAGAAAAGGGCAGACACAAAGCGCCCUGGAUUGAGAAUAUGCGCAUUAUAUCACCCUUGGGAUUAAAGCCCAACGGAACUCUCCGUGUUAGCUUGAAACAGGGUGCUUCUCAAGACGGUAACGUCUCAAAAUGGAGUUUCUCGUUCUUCUCCUUUUCUGAUAUCUGUUCCCGAGCGCUACCUCCUUCACAGCGCACAGUUCAUGCUCAGGGAGUAGUAACGCUCCUCGAAGUGGACGCAGCAAACUCUCGGCUCAAAUUCGUCCAGCGACUUCUAGGGAGAUCAAGGUACGACCAAAUUGCCUCAUCACCUAGUGCAAGUCGACUAGCUGGGGAUGUGCUCUAUAAGAUUUUUUCCCGUGUUGUCAACUACGCACCAUAUUACAAAGGAGUUCGCAACACUAUUGCCUGGGAUGGAGAAGUGGUAGGCGACGUGGUUAUGCCACUCGGCAAAGAAGCAGAGCUUCUAGGAACUACCGUGUCUAACCCCUUAGCUAUCGAUAAUUUCCUGCAAGUCGCAGGUAUCCACGUGAACUGCUUGCUUGAUAAGAGUAACGACGACAAUGUAUCCGUAUGCAACGCUAUUGGCGAGGUUAUCUGGGGCGAUGGUUUCUUACAGGCCGAUUCCGAUAAUAGGGUCGGAGCCGCAGGGCCUCUCACGACAAGGACAUGGCGGAUAUACUCAAACCUAGAGCCAAAAGGCAAAAAUACCCUCGUAAACGAUGUGUUCGUGCUGGAUGCCAAGACCAACGAAGUCGUGGUGGCUCUGCUAGACGCAGAAUUCACCGAAGUGCCCCUUGUUUCGUUGCGAAGGGUUUUAUCCAAGUUGAACCAGAACACGAUAACCACCGUAUCAUCCGAAACUCCUCAUCUCCCAACCGCGCUAGUCCGCAAUUUUGCGACCGAGGAAUCGCCAGCUGUGGAAAGCUCCCAUAACGAACGGGCGCGAUUUGACGAACAAAAUGGUACGGACCCAUUGCCAACAUCUCAGCCUAAGCUUCCGACUCUUAUCGCUACCUCGGGCGUCGAUGAUUCCGUUCGAAAGAUGUUGAGCGAGAUAUUCGGAAUGAGCGCGGAUGAGGUGAGACCGGAUUCGGACUUGGCAGAAUUAGGGAUGGAUUCGUUGAUGAUCACCGAGAUAUCCGGCGAGAUCCGAAAGCGAUUCAGUGUGAAUUUAUCUAUCGAUGACCUUCAAAAUUUGACUGAUGUCCAAUCUCUCGCUCAGCUUCUAGGGGGUGGUGUGCAGGCACCAGCGCCAGAGCCCAUGCCCACAUCAACCGAAGAACGUACGACGCAGGACAGGUUAGCAGGCCUCGAAGGAAUACCCAACGGAAUACUUAACGGCGGCGGGGAGACAAUUGAAGAACGCGAGGUCGAUGGCGGCGUUGCAGUCCUUGGUAGCGACUGGCUUUCGAUAAACCGAAACACGUUUGACAAAGAGGUGGAGAACAGCGGUUUCGGUCGUUUUCGUGAAAUCGUCUACCCGCUCCAAGCACAGUUAGUAACCGCAUAUGUCAUCGAAGCAUUCGCGGCGUUAGGCAGCAACAUACGAGUCUUAGCUGCUGGAGAGAUUCUGCCGAAGCUCAAUUAUCUUCCCAAACAUGAGAAACUGGUUGUGCAAAUGUUCAAAAUCCUAGAAGACGCGCGAUUGAUUGCGGGGAGCGGCCUAGCUACCAAGCGAACGGACCACCCAGCGCCUAAGGCAUCAGCCCAAGCGUUACACGACGCCAUCGUGCAAAAAUUUCCCCACCAUGCCGGAGAACACCAGCUUUUACGCACAACAGGUGCACAGCUAGCCGAAUGCCUCACGGGUCGAGCGGAUCCCCUAGCCUUGAUGUUCGGGGAUUCCAAGGCGAGGCAGCUGAUGGAAGAUGUGUACACUAAUGGUCCGAUGUUUCGAGCCGCUACCUCAUUUCUCGCGCACUUUUUAGUCGAUGUGUGUGGGCGCUUCCAAGGCAAGCGGGAAAUUCGUAUUUUAGAACUCGGCGCCGGUACUGGUGGAACAACCAAGCAUCUCAUUCAGAAACUCGAGAAAGGCGCGACAGGCCAAAGGAUCGUCUACACCUUUUCCGACGUCUCGAAAUCCCUCGUAGCUGCAGCUAAAAGAAAGUUCACUAGUUAUCCGUUUGUAGAAUAUGCUGUCGUGGAUAUUGAAAAGGACCCGACCUCGGACCUCCGAGGCAAGUAUGAUAUAAUUAUAUCGACUAAUUGUAUCCACGCAACCGCGAGCCUUGUUCGAUCAUGCACUAAUAUCAGGCAUAUGCUACGGGAGGAUGGGAUGGUCUGUCUCGUUGAGCAUACGCAGAAUCUGUACUGGUUUGACUUGGUCUGGGGAUUGGUGGAAGGAUGGUGGGCCUUCGAUGAUGGCCGCACUCACGCCCUCGCUUCUGAAAUGCGGUGGAAGAAGGACCUGUUAGCGUCGGGUUUCCAAUGGGUCGACUGGUCAGAUGGUAUUAGCGAUGAAGCGAAGAUAUUGCGUGUCAUAGUGGCAUCACCGUCGCCCCAAAAGUCGACACCAACGGUGAACAACUCAGAGCAAGAGAUGGGUAGAGCUCUCGAGGUGGAGGAGACUGUAGUUUUCAAGCACGCGGGCCCUUUGCCAUUGUAUGCCGACAUUUACUACCCGUCUAACCUUCAAACCUGCAAUCAAGCACGGGCCGUUGCUCUAAUGAUACACGGCGGUGGCCAUGUGAUGCUAUCUCGUAAGGACAUACGCCCCAAGCAAACACAGAUCCUAUUAGACGCUGGCUUUGUGCCUGUUAGUGUAGACUAUCGCCUUUGUCCAGAGACCAACCUACUAGAGGGCCCUAUAACAGAUGUCAAGGAUGCUCUUAGCUGGGCUCGCAAUACUCUACCAUCCCUCUCUAGGAAGCGUCCCGACGUGCACAUAGAUGGCAGCCGUGUAGUCGCCGUCGGCUGGUCAACGGGAGGUACCCUGGCGCUCAGCUUAGGCUGGACUGCCCCUUCAGCAGGUCUACAGCCACCACAGGCUAUCCUCGCAUUCUACUGCCCAACUGAUUAUGAGGACGAAUGUUGGUCUCGGGUGAACAAACCCUAUGGCGACGCAGCACUCGCGAUAGAAACAUAUGAUUUAUGGGAAGGAGUUUUUGAUUCACCCAUAACAUCAUAUAACCCGCCGGCCGGAGCAAAGGCAGCCGGUGGCUGGAUGGCCAAGGAUGACGCGCGCUCGCGUAUUAUUUUACAUAUGAAUUGGUACGGUCAAACUGUUCCAGUUUUGGUCCAUGGUUUGAAGAAGGACAACCAGAAUGGUGUACAAUACGGGAUGCCUUCGCUACCAACUCCCACACCUGCGCAGGUACAGGCUAUAAGUCCAUUAGCACAGAUCAAACGGGGUGCUUACCGCACACCAACAUUCCUAAUACACCCGUUUGAGGACGACUUGAUACCCUGGCGACAGACCCAACGCACGGCAGAAGAAUUGCGUCACAGAGGUGUGGAGGGAGAUCUACGGCUUGUGGGAAACGCUCCUCAUUUAUUCGAUAUAUAUCGAGGCUAUGAAAUGAACCUGGAGGCUUUCAAAGCUAUUAAAGAAGGAUACAACUUUUUGUCGAGAUAUACCAAUAGUAUCUGA